AUGACCACAGAGCUUAACAGUUUUCGGGUGCGUAAGUCAGAAGGCGUUGAAGGUGAAGAAGAAGAUCCAGCCCUAACAGAGCUCGUGUUCAAGAAACUUCGACAAACGUUCCUCUGUCCAAUAUGUCACCGGCCGCUUCAAGAAAAUCCCACCGCUUUGGACGUUUGUGGUCAUGUAUUUUGUCACAGUUGCAUCGUCAAUGCGAUUGAAAAAAGUUGCCCUUCUGUGAAAGAUCCUUGGGAAGAAGACGAGAGGCAACUUACCGAAAACAGUCAUGGGGACCAAUGGAGCAGUCCACAAAAAAGAAAUAGUAGAGGGAGGGGAAAUAUCAACGACGUCCGAACGUCCCCAGUGGCGAAGUCCGGAAGAGGGCGUAGCACGAAACGCCUCAGACUAGGUCAGUCGUGCCCCAUUUGCUCCGUUCCUGCUCAGAUUUCAGAUUUGAUUAGUGUUUCAUUGGUGAGCAAUCUAGUUUCAGAUAUUAUGAAACAUCCAUUGCUGUCCGCUGCACUAGUUAGUCCUAAAAGUAAUGAUGAUAACGAUCUGGUGAAGGCUGGACACAUCGAAGAGGAAGAAGCGUUGGCACCUUCUGCAGAGGUUUCCCAGGUAUUAUCAACACUAAGUGGGGUGUCUCUGACAGGGAACGCUGGCGUCCAGACAGUGACACUGCAAUCUAACAAUGCACCCCCCGUUGCUGAGGAGGCAACUGGUGAACCUGAGAAAAAAUCUGAACAUGGAACCCACAGGCAGGCGAUUGGUUCGCUGCCGUACUCGCCAUCCGCAACUCCUAUGGGCACAUCACCUCUGUCGGUCACUAGCCACGUUUCUGUAAAUACGACCAAUCCGCAUAGCACUGUCACGUUGUCUGACCACAACUUCCCCGUGUCAGUCCGCUCGCGUAGCGGCUCUCCAGAAGUUGUAGGUGGUGUACAUCAGACGAUGCCAGAACCCCACGGAAGGUCGAAAACGAGAGGGGUUGGUUGUUCCUCUCCGUCGGAAGUGUGUCGACCCCUAACUUCAAACGGGGAUGCAGAAAAUUCGGAUGUUUUACGAAAUUUUGAAGAGUUAAGUAGCUCUUGCUCCGAGUCGGGCUCUAGUCAAGAUUUACAGCGGCAUAGUGAACCAUGUCAUCGUACAAAUGCCGUUGGUAGUGGAACUGCGGGAGGAGAUGCCUUAACAGCUGUUGCGACGGCAGUGCCUACCAGUGUUCAGUCGAGUGCAUCAACAAGGCACUUUUCCCAGAAACCUCAAGAAGACGUGGGUGUUAUUGAUAACGUGGGGGGAGAUGCCUUAACACCUGUUGCGACGGCAGUGUCUACCAGUGUUCAGUCGAAUACGUUACCAAAGGAUGCACCAACUGUGCGUGAAGUGGGUGAAGGGGAUGGGAAGGACAGCAGUAGCGACAGCAGCUUGAGCAGUAGCGACAGCAGCAGUUUCUUUGGUGAAAGUUUCAACUUUCGAGUACAUGCCCAGCGCUCAGAGAUUCCCACUGAAUCGGCACUCAUUUUUGAGACAAAGGGCAGAGCGAAUACCCACGAGAACCAAGUACAUAACGGCGGGGUUGCCGUGACGCAGAAUCUAUCGUCAUGUGAUCCUGAUAUAUGUUCUGGAAGGGAGUUAUUAAAUCACGGGAAAAAUAUUGCGGGAGGUUCGGGAGCUCGUGAACGCAGUACCUCUACGAUCUCGACAUCGCAGUUAUCAGAGCAUAAAGAUGAUGUGUUUAGGUUGCCGCACACCUUUUCGGUGGAUGCUUCCGUAGAAAAUUCAACCAAAACUGGCGAAGUCCUCGUUUCAGCGGCGCAGAUGUUUGGCGCCAGAGUCCUUGAUGAACGUAUGGGUAGUGUUGACAGCCGUUUACGUAUCUAUGACCCCAAACCACAGAAAGUGAUACGACAUGUCUUUCGUCUCCCCAGUUGUCAGGGGUCUGGAACUCCUGCAGAAAGUCAAUUGUACUGGAAGGAGAGACAUUACGCCGCUGCAUCAAUUACUUGCUCGUACUGUCUUAUUAUGCCCACGGAAGGAAGACUUGCCUCUAUUAGUGACGACGGAAGUUGUAUUAGUGACUGCGGUGGCGUGCCUUCCGCGAGAGAUAGUAACCUAACGUCUAUGACACCAACUACAGCUUGUGCGCUCGUGAGCGGUGCACUGGUAACCGACUUUAGGUGGAUUGUCGAAAGUGUGGCAGCGCGGUGCUUGCUUCCUGCCCUUCAAUAUUCGAAAAGACCAUCAUGGUCUCGCCAUGAGUCCGUUUCAACAUGUGGGGGUAGUGGGGCGUCUGUCGACAACCAAACUCCGGGAAGGUGGGCGGCUGAAGGACAUGCCUUUAUGUUGCUGCCAGAUAGUGUCCUUCAACUUCUCUUACAGCAACAAACGAGUGGAAGUAUCAGCAUGCGUGGAUCAUCUCGAGAGUUAUCGGCUACAGUAACAGGAGGCUAUGAUUUCUGCAGCUGGCGCCGUCUGAUUCUUCUCAGUGGUGGGGUACUUCUAAGGUUUCCGGAGGAGUGUGUGCGUCAGCUAUUGCUGGAUGCCAUGUCCAUGAGCUAUAACGACGUUAUGAUAGGAAGAAAUGGCUGUGAUCACGACGAAAGAGUGACAGCAGUGCAGAACGCGAUGCAUAUGGCGAAUGGUGCUGGGCGUAGUGUUUUUAACGUUGAGUGCUGCCCUGAGAGGUGUACCGCGAGUACGUUUUUAAUACGAAACGUUAUAAUUUUGCGCGACUCCGUGUCCACUGGAAAAGAUGCACCGUGCUCGGGUAGCCAACUACUGUUCAAGCGUCGCCUCGAGAGAAUUCUACAGUCAUUUAGCGUAUUACUUUCCCUUGUACAGUCGAGGGAGGUAACCCCGGUCCGUGAUGUGAGCCCUUCGCAAGUUUUUGUAGGGUCGAAACCAUUUGUAACGUUUGGUGACGUUACCGAAAGGUAUUCCGCACCACAUGUAAUGCUGCGGUCAACAAAGUGGCUGCUCCGAACUUUUUCUGGAAGACUUCAGGAUAGUUCAUGUGAAUCUUGUGUAGGCUCUGAUCAGUGA